GCUUGAGCCGAAAGUUUACAUCAUAAGGCCACCUCGUCAUUGCUCGUUCUUUCAGUUGUUUCACACGUACAUUUCUUCUUUGGCCACUCCAACACAAUCAUCAGCCGGAGCCUUCCGUCAGAUAACAAGCCCAAGAAGGGCGAGCAGCAUUUGGACGAGCUCGCCAGCCAGCCAGCCAGCCAGUCGACAAGAUCUUCAGUUUGUGGCCACGCGACGAUUCGACGCGCACUCAGUCAACGCAAUGAAUCAAAUUCGCGCAAUCCAAGCACUCAACAAAAAAGAGAUUGAGAACGGAAUCUCCCCAGAGGCGUCUUGGCACCGUGACUAUCGCAACACAGCUUUCGUAUACUUUGGCGGCCUGCCGUACGAGCUUUCCGAAGGCGAUAUCAUCACAAUAUUCUCUCAGUUCGGCGAACCGACAUUCCUCAAACUUGUCCGCGAUAAGGAAACGGGCAAGUCGAAAGGCUUUGGCUGGCUCAAAUACGAAGAUCAGCGCAGCACGGACCUCGCGGUUGACAACCUUGGCGGCGCCGAAAUUCAAGGCCGACUUGUGCGUGUGGACCACGCGGAAUACAAGGCUCGGGAUGACGAGGAUCAAGAUGAAUUCAAGGUCGGAUGGGAGGAUAUCAUGAAGAAAGAGGGACACGACCCCGAGGAGGAUGGACCGAGCAGCGAGGAAGAAGAGCGCCGACCUGCGCUACCAGAAGAAAGAGAACUCGCCCUCUUGAUGCGAGACCAUGACGACGAUGACCCCAUGAAGGCUUUCUUAAUAGAAGAGAAGAAGAAGGAAGUCGAAGAGGCGCGGCAACGGGCGGACAAACGAGAGAAACGACGACACCACAAAUCUCACAGGUCGCAUCGAGAUGGAGAAGAUCGCCCAAGAAGAUCGCGACGGGAUGAUGACGCAGGGAAGCGCGAUCGACGGGAGCGAGAGCGAGAGCGAGACACUCAUAAGCACAGAGACGAUUCCGGGGACCGCGAAAGGAGGAGACGAAGGCACGAUGAUGAGGAUAAACGCAGGGAUCGCAAAGACAGGCAUCGUCACAGCCGAAGCCAUUCUCCUCGGCGAAGUCAUCAUUGAGCUUUCUGCGAUAGCGCUAAGUAACUGCUACGACUGCCCGUGGUAGGGCUUCCACCCUUCUCGAUAACAGGUCCGCUUACCAUCCUCACCUAUCCCAAUCA